AUGGAGGAGCUGAAAGAAGAAUUGAAAGAAGAAUUGAAAGAAGAAUUCAGAGAAAACAUACAAGGAAUUAAGAAUGAGAUCAUAAAAGCGAUAAAAGAAGCCAAGAGUGACUUAGAAGCGAAAAUCGAAGUUGCCAUCGAGGCCCAAAUUCAGCAACUGGUCCUAGUCAAGAAAAUCAGCGAAAAAGGCGGAAAGGAGGAGGACAACUUGAGGAUCACAGACUCGGAUUCAGAAAAACCAGCACUCCAAACACCCACCACCAGCUUCGAAAGGAAAAGGAAACCGGAAGAAGAGAGACCGAGAGAGGAGAAAAAGAAGAGAGUCGAUGGCGAAAUGGAAUUGUUGGCCAUAGAGAACAAGUUGAAGGGACUCAGAAGGUGUAAAACGAGGAGCAUGAUGAUACAGUUGAGGCGGCCAUUUUCAACCUUCAAUUUGGUUUCGUUUCGUUUCGUUCGUUAA